GAGACGAGAUUGUUUGUUGCCAUCUUGUUUUCUAAUUCAGAUUUCUAAUUUUUGUUUUGCUCUUAAAAUUCAAAUUUUCCGCUCCUUAGUCGCUGCAUGCAGGUCUGAGGCUGCACCCUGUUCAACAUGCUCUUCAUGUAGAGUGUAAUACAAUAACUUUGGUUGUGAUUUGGCUUUACAAUAGUAAAACACUGAUUGAUUAAUAUCAGGAUCUGGAGCGAAUAAAAAAAUGACACAAUAAAAUGAUAAUCUAUUCUUCAAGUAAAGGUUGAAAAUACCCAAAUCGAGAAUAUCUGUAACAUUUAAUAGUCCUGCACGUUUAAAGUGAAAUGUUCUACAAAUACAGAAAAUAUUGUGAGUUUUAUGUUAAUAGUUUAUUAUCAGUACAUUCAAAAGUGCACUGUGGUUAACUAAAGUGGAGACAUUUUCAAAGUUGUUUUAUCUGAAAGAACUGUAUUGUUAUCUAAUCAUUAGGCCACACGUGUUAAAUCUUAAGUUAGCAAACUGUCUGAUUAAACACAAACUGCCAAAUCAUGAUUUCCUAUAUUCAUCAUUUCUAACUCAGGUUAAGGUGAUUUGAUAUUUUUUUCAGCAAUAGGCUAUUCUUCUAAAUUCUAGUGAAGUACAAAACAGUCGACACAAACCUUAAAUAGCACAUUAAAAAUGGCAUAUCUACACUUGUUGCCUAUAUGUUGCACUUUAUUAAACUUGCUGAAAUCCCUCAUUGAAUCAUGUGACGCUUUAGUGUGUUUUUAUUUGUUCUUAUGUGCUCUCCUGUAAAUGUUUGUUUGUAUUGUGCUUUUUAUGCUCUCUGUGCAAGGCAAAUUCCCCCUAGGGGCAAUAAAGCUUUCAUUCAUUAAUUCAUGUAGCCAUACAGUAUGCAUCGUUUUAUCAACAUGGUGUUGGUGGUAUGUAACGCUAACGUGCCCCCAGAACAUUCAGUUCUGAGCGUGUUACUCCACGUUGUCUUUUCAAUCAGCUGAUCGCAGGAGCAGGAUCCACGUGAGGGCAGAAUAAUGACAUGAUUGCUGUCGUUGUUGUGGUUGUUGUGAGUGAUUUGUUUCCCCGCCCACUGAGCUCCUUCUUAUAACAAGUGCUGUGAGCCUGCUGCUGCUGACACAUUGCAGAGCUGAGCGGCUCCACACUGCUGCGCCACUGAAGAUGGAGUCCAACAUUGUCGUGAUGGGAACCGAGAGUGUCGGGAAAUCAGCUCUUACUGUGCGCCUCUUAACUCGGAGAUUCAUUGGAGAGUACGGAGAUAUUGAGUCCAUCUACGGCCAUAGUUUCGUGCUGGACGGUAGAGAAAUAACUCUCAAUGUUUGGGACUCUCAUUAUUCUGAGGACUUGUCCGUGGAGACGUCGCUCCUUGAGAAGAAGGUCCAGUGGGCAGACGGUUUUGUUCUCGUCUACAGCAUCUGCGACAGAGCCAGUUUCAACACCGUGAGCCGACUCAUUCAGACCAUCAAGUCCACCAGAGACUGCCUGAACACGGACAAAGUGCCCAUAGUGAUCGUGGGUAAUAAAAGGGACCUCCACCACAGGCGGACGGUGGCGAGCGAGGAGGGCCGUCUGCUCGCUCUCAAAAGCGACUGCCUCUUCUACGAGGUGUCGGCGGCCGAGAACUACCACAGCGUGCUCGUGGUGUUUCAUGGGCUGGUGGACAGGAUGAAGGAUGCCAAACUGACCAUGAAGAGGCCUUCGGGGUUCAAGGGAAUAGUGAAAAGCAUGUCGGCGGUGUUCGCCAGGAGGCGGAUCGACUCUGUUUAGUUAAACACAGACACUGAAGAGGAGGUUUGCUGUGAAUUUGCAUAAGAGAGGUUACAACCUCGUGUGCAGAAAGCUGGAUAGAUAUCGCAGUCUGUCAGAUGAGUCACACGCUGUAGAGCCACAGGAGUCUCAUUGUCUCACACAGACUCCAGAAAAAGCAUGAAAGACUCCGGAGAAGAAGAAAAAAGCCAUGAAGCUUCAGAGAUCAUGAAGUCAAAACAACGUCUCAGAGAUCACAGAGGUUCUCCGGGUGACAGGUUUUGGAAGUUUGCUGCACUUCCAAGAAAAAACGAGAAUAAAAGAAACCGCACAGUGUCAUUAUUUAUAAAGAUACUCGACAUGUUAUUCACUAUAGUGUGCAACAAGGUUUGCUCUAUGUUGUAGCUUAAGACACCAGCUGUGGCUUCAUAUUGGAGGAAAAACCUAUGCACAAAGUAAACGUGCCUUUACUUAACUAUUACGACCAAAGAACAUGUUCAUUAUUAAAGCUCUUCGAUUAAGUGCAACCUUUUUUUUAUUAUUGCUGGAAUAAGUGAACCACUCUGCCUUGUACUUAAAUUCAAAGCGGCACUUGAAUUUAUUUCAGUCUAAACACUGUAAAGCAACACACAAAAAGGGUGUUUCUAUAUAUUGAUGAGUUGAUUGUGGUUCAUUAACUAUGUUUGUCUUUACCUUUU